AUGCCGAGUUCAAGCCGAAUGUGCCGCUCAUGGUGCCUUCUCUAUUACUACCGAAGCGGGGGUUCCUGCCAAAGGUCCUUACUUCGGACCAGACUAGAGCAACUUGGGCCCAGGCUGGUUAUCCAAGCCAAGGCCUAUCAAUACCACGCCUCUUAUCGCGGAGCCAUUACACUUACUAUGGAAUUAUCAGUACCUGUCGACGUCAGUUCUCGCGGUUUUACCUUGUCGAUCACUGUGAAUCCUACGACUACCGACAGGACAGAUGGGUACAUAUGUAGGAUCCGUCAAAUCACAAUAUCCAGGGUAUAA